GACCUCAGCAGAACUCCAUCCUCGCAAUGUCAACUUCCACCGUAUAUCUCGUCACUGGUACAAACCGCGGACUAGGCUUGGCCCUCGUCCGCAUCCUCACCGCUCGCCCCAACGUCGUGAUCUACGCCACUGCGCGUAAGCUCCACGAUGCGACGGACCUGCAAGCCCUGACGGACGAGUCCGCCGGCAAACUUCGCCUCGUCGAGCUCCAGUCCGGGGAUGGGCAGGCCCACGAAGCUGUGAUUGCCCGAAUCAAGGCUGAAGUCGGCCGGCUAGAUGUGGUUAUCGCGAAUGCGGGGAUGGUCUCUCACAUCGGCCCCAUGCUUGAGAUGCCCGUUCAGGCGCUGCGGGAUCAUCUUGAGGUUAACACCAUCGGCCCCUUCGUCCUCUUCAAAGCCGCCUACCCCUUACUCGAAACCUCCCACGGGAAAUUUGCUGUCAUCUCCUCCUGGCUAGGUGGCGAACGCGGGGCCAAGAGCCCCUUCGGCUUCACCGCCUAUGCAACGUCGAAGGCGGCGGUGAACUUUUUGGUGAGGAGGAUGCAUACCGAAUGUCCCGAUAUCACUGCGCUCGCGUUGCACCCAGGGUCUGUUGAUACGGGGAUGAGCGACUACACACGGAAGCAAGACAGCCGCCUCGCCAAGGCCCCCAGGAUCUCGCCCGAGGAGAGUGCGCGAGGAAUGUUAGAGGGCGUCAUAGACUCGGCGACGAGGGAGAUGCAUGGAGGGAAGCUUUGGGCGAAGCAGGAGGGGGAGUGGGGAGUUGUGGGCUGGUAG